AGUCACUCUCCCUCCCUCUCUGAUCUCGCCAGGCCUUGCAGGACUGCGUGGAAGAUCUCCUGCAAACCUUUCGGGGUGACCCCAUCGACCUGGUUGCCGGCAUUGACGCAAUGGGCUUCAUCCUAGGCGCUGCCAUCGCCCACACCCUCCAGAAGGGCUUUUUGGCCAUACGCAAAGCCGGGCACCUGUGCGUGAAAACUCUCUCGAAGCCCUACAAGGACUACCAGGCUCGUGAGAAGGUGAUGGAGAUGCGGGCUGACGCCAUCUCGCCAGGCCUUCGCGUCUUGCUGGUGGACCAGUGGGUCGAGACCGGGGGGACGAUGCGGAGCGCCACCCGCCUGGUGGAGGAACAAGGCGGCCUAGUGGCAGGCAUCGCCGCCAUCUGCGUGGAGGACAGCGAGGGCGGGCUCUGGCUGAAAGACCACUACAAGUGGGCGCAUUGUGUGCCCCCCCAACUGAUGCCCCAGUUCAACGCUCACCAGCUGGACUCCUUCCAGGCCUUCAACCCCAACCAAGGACCGCAGUAGGGAGGAAGGUGCACAGGUAUAUGGCUUCCCGCAGAGGCCCGUGGCGUCCCAAUAGUGGCAAACUCCGCCUGCUUCCCGGGCCAUUACCCUCUGGGAUCUUGCAAGCUCAUAACUCCAGACCAGUUUGGGAAUCUUGCCUGUGUGCCUUCCAGCUUAUCUGGCACUCCAUCAGAAAAAAUGUUCCUUCUCCGUGUUCUUCUGCCCCGGUGUAGUUAAUAAACCACCCGCUGAAUCGGUGAAACUUAGAAUCCGAGUUCGGAGGGACCCCAAGGGUCAUCCAUCCCAACCCACUGUAAUCGCGGCUAAACUUUGAUAGCGUUGAUGUACAAAGUGCUCCACGUUGCAUUAAAAAAACACACACUGA